UCUUGUUUGAACAUAGUUAUAAGAGUUCCGUCUAUGUUUAGCCAUUUCCCUGAGCAGAAUAUUUAAAAUAUUAUCGAAUUUUCUAUUAUUUCAAAGCUUGUUUAUCUCUCACUAUGUCUUCAAGCUUUGGCCAGAACAGGUGAGUUUGACAUGCGGUUCGUUUUUCAUGCGAUUUUGAUGUGAUAUUGCGGUUCAGAACAAUCAUACACUCCCUGGCAACGCUAUGGCGUUUUAUGUCGGUGACGAUGACUAAGAAGUUUUUGCAAUUACUUGUCAUCCACAGCGCUUGGACCAUGGGUGGACCGCCUGGAAGGUAGAUGUUACUUACUUCUACUCGUAAUGUACAUUUACCAGUGUUAAAUACCGAUUUUGUUCGCGAUGUGGCAUUGCGAAAAUGAAAUGGCAAAUGAAUUUAUGUCCUAAGUUAGCUCUCUCAUUCAAUCGCCGGAAAAGAAGUGAAGUCUGCCGAUUUGUGUUUUUGAAAUACAUGUUGGAGCGUUGAUCUGUCGUUGAUCGAAUUUUCCACAAUUUUGAGGAAUAUGUUUAAAAUGCUGAAAACUAUUUACGGUUAUACUUUGAGUGCACAGCAUAUGUUUCUUAGAAGUGCCAAACAUUUCCUCGAUUCAGCCAUGAUAAUCUGCGAGCAAAACAGGUUAUGAAGUGUCAGGUGUUUUCAUUGAUUGUACAGCGAAGCUCUUGUAUUAAGACUAUCUUCUCUUGGAUUGUUCAUUCACUUACUGUUUCAAAGUAGGCCGUUUUUUUUGCUACCACAGAAAAUCCCCAACUCAAGUUGUGUCUUGAGCUCCGAUUACUCUUUUCCGCUUUAGCAUUAGCCUAGAGAGUUGCAGGUAACCUAGCGCAGGUAAAUGUCGUGCAAGUUUUCGGUGACUUACCUUACAUUCACUCUUGCUAAGCCUUCAAAUGGUUGCUGACCAAUAUUUAUCAAAUUGUUUGAUACAGUUUGAUUUCGAGUAUUCAUUUGUGUACCAACAGCCGUUAAUUCUUGAAUUUAAUAAAGUGUUGUUUUGGCUUUUUACGUUAUAAUUUGGGUUGAAAAGUUUGAAAAAUUGGUUUAUAGCGCUAAUUUUUAGUAGCCUUAGACGAUUCCUUUGACUGAAACCUUAAUUUAGUAUCGUGGGUCGAUGCGAUUUGUUUUGGCCAUAGGCGAACUAGGGGGCGAAAGGUGAUAUCGUUGAAAGGGUUUACCGUUUAAGGAGUAGAGGAGUGAAAAUCUUCGUUUAAUCAUGCAUUAAAUCUCUUACAAUUUUAAAUACGUCCUGAAAUAUUCACUCUGUGGAUAAGUACGUAAUGUAUUUUGUUAUGGUUAAAGUAAUUAUUACACAUUUGAAUCUCAGUCAGCCUACUGCUUCUUUAUAUAUACAGUAAGCAUCAUGAAUCCUAUCCUGUAUCUUUACCUUUCUACUCUUUCAACGCAUGAAGAGUAAGUGUUUAUAAUUUCUCUACUGCAAGCCAUUGCUACAACUCUUGGUUUUAAUAUAUAAUUUUUAAUAGAGAAGAGGGAAAUCUGUCAGUAGGCUUCUGCUUCUCAAACUGCAGACUGUAACUGAACUAACUGUACAACCAGAUUCAGUACAGAACAAUUUUCCAAGUGAAGGGCACCAUGGCCCAUGUGACUUCAAUUGCAAUGCUUCAUUGCACGUAAUUGAAACAUUUUUAAAUAGUUCUGAGUUUCCCCUACUCCAGAAUUCUUGUUCUGUUUUAGCCUUGGAGUAUUUGAGUUUCAUUUGAGAUCUGCCACUGAUAUAAGUAACUGUUUUAAAGUGCCUUAUUUGUCACAUAACUUAACUCAUUAGUCUAUUAUUUUGGACAGUGCAAAUUCUCCCUCUCUUGGUAAGGAUGCUCAUAGAACUGUUCCUUAGGACAGCAUGGAUUCUUGACAGGAUUAAAGAGACAGAAACGAUCUUCAUUGUUCACUCACCCCUCUUUCAGAUCAUAUCCCCAGAGAGUCUUCUCCAUUUACUUCUUGAUUUUCCUUGCCUUGCUGGUAUAUUUGUAACAUGUACGUCAUAUAUAUGCUUGAUGUAAUCCCUCACUGCUCAGCUAGAGAUUCACAAAUUUGAUUGAUUUCUGCCCAUGUGUAAAUGAAAAUUUAGAUUGCAUCUCUAUUAUCUUGAGUUUUCAUUAUGUAAGCUAUCAGUUAUUUAAAGGAUUAAUAUUCCCAGAGUAGUGUCUAAAAUCACUGGUUAGUCUGCCAUCUUAAGCUGGCUACCUAAAAUUCAUUUUACCAUAUACAUGCUUGUGAAAAAUCAACAAUUCUUGAGUCAUCAUCAAAGAAAUUUGUAUACCAGCCAUUUGCUAAUUUUCUCAGUGGCAUUGAAAGCAUGAUGUAUGUGUAUCAGUAACAGUUAUAGAUGUGUGAAUCAUUGCUACAAUCAGAAUUUGCUUGAAGGUUGAUGUGAACAUUGUGGAGCAAUGGGAAACUUAAGCUUAUUAGUAUUUCCUAGUCUUUCAUGUACCGGUAGUUUGAGGAAAUAAAGUGGUAUCCAUGAAAAUCCGGCUCCUCACUCUUUCAUAUCUACAGUGUGCUUUCAAACUUGUUAUCAGCUCUGUAAUUGUUCUAGUUUUCAAGAAUUUCAGAGUGGUUUAGAAUUUGUUUUAGAGUAUUUACCAUUUAGGGUAUUAACUAGAGUUUUGGUAAUUGUUGGCAAAAAAGAAUUUAUGAUGUUUAUAUAGCUUUGCAUGUUUUUUUCCUCCCAGACAAAACAAAAAACUGGUAUUUAAAGGGUAGAGUGACCCCAUUGAAACCUCAAAAUUGAAUUAACAAAAUGUUCAAAAGGUGUUUAUUUUUCAUUUAGUGAAUUUUUAAUGAUAUUACUAUGAUGUUUAAAAUUUAUUUUCAGCAAAUUUAUACACAGCUCUGUGGAAGAGAAAAUUUGAAAUAUUCAUUUGCCUCAAUGACUCCUAAAGAACUAAAUUUAUUUCCAAUUGGACUUGCAAGCAUCCAGGUGCUUCCUGUUAAGAGAGAAGUUCCUGUUUCCUCAUGUUCAGAAUGUUUUUUGUUCAUCUUCAUUAAUUAAAUGGUUGUUGUUCCAUAAGAUGUUAUUUCUUCAGAUUUAUAUCUCUAAGUAAAAGUGAGACAACCUUUAAAAAAUUAUGACUAGAAGAAGGAAGAAAGAAUCACUUUUAAGGGUGUCUGUUUUCCUUUGUAAAUUUCUUAAAAACCAUCUUUUUCUGUGAAGUAUUCAGAAUCAAAAUAAAUCUUAUUCUCAACUAAGGGAAAAUGGACAUCAACUGCUUAUAUAAAACCAAUUAAAGAGAAAAUCACAACAUAUUUUGUCUGCAAGAGAAAUAACAGGAACUAUUCCAUAUUUACUCUCUUUACUUGUUCAGUAGUCUACCUUUUAUGACUGAAAAAUCAGCCCAAAAAAUCACCUUCAACUUAUACACAAGUCAUACACAAAGACCUGACCCAAGCAAUCCAAGAAAUUAGUAUAACAAUUGCCUGAAGUCUGUUAGGAAAACCAAGCUUAUGAAACCAUUUCUAAUUGUGUUUGAGUUUCGUCAGUUUUCAGCGCAUUCUUCGUCAACCAAAAGGUAUGAAAUAAUAAAGUGGCUUAAACACACACCUACUGGAGCUGAUUUCCAUUGUGUCUUCUGAUCUAUAGAGCAGAUAUUUUUUCAUACAGCUUGACUACUGUUUAUGGUGCUUUCAUGAAAUAAUUACGUGCAGUCUUGUUAUACAUGGUUACAUUUUGCUCUGCAGUCUUUUUAAUUACAGCCAAAAAAGUCCUGGGGCUGAAGCUCUGGUAAGAUAGUUAUGGUAUUAUCAACUGAUCAACUGCCUUGCAUUUUGCACAGCUGUUUUGAGCUUAAGAAUCAGUUUUUAGUAAACCAUGAAUUAACUAAUGACCAUACCUUGGGAUGACAUGGUCAUCAGUAGGCUUAGGGCAACUAAGAUUACUUGCUAAUAGUGAAUAAUGAUUGCUACACGUAUGUGUACUUGUUGAUCAAAUCCUUUUUAAAACUUAUAUUCCUUUCCAGUUGCAUUUGCUAUCAACUUGUGAACUGCUUAUAAUUUGUGUAAGACUCUGAACAGACACUUUCAAUUUACUCUUUGUGAGAACAUUUUAGUGUUCUGUUCUUUGCAUCAAGAUGUUGUUACUAGAAAGUGCUUUUACCAGGAUGAUAUACAAAAUUACAUGUAGUGUUGCUUAAAACAGAAGCUGCUUUGACUUGGACUCAAUAUUACUAUUAGGUACUAUUUUUUCUGCAUUUCAAGCAGAUUAGUCAUCACAGUGUUUUUUAAUUAAGAUAAGAAUUAUUAUGUACAUUACUGUAUAUUCACAGUUUAUAGUGUUUUUGUCAGAAUGCAGUAGAUUUUUCCUCAAGCUCUUAGUCAUGCACUAUGCAUGAUUGUGUGAAAAGAGGGCAAUUUUUUGUUGAACAGAAACAUGAACAUUGUCUUGUCCAAUUUAAUUGGAAGGUAAAUCUUACUUUCUGAGGAAUAAUUGCUAUAACUCCUGGAAUUCUAAAUUUAUUUUUAAUUACAUUGUCAUGAAUAUUGGUUGAAAUGUGAGCCUGAAUGUUUAUCUAAAUGGUCCUCUAACAUGGGGUAAAUAAAAAUUUGAUAUUGGUCAAAGGUGCAGUGUGAUUACCAGCUACAUGCUUUACUAUUCAGUUACAGAGACCUCAUUUGAAGUAAAGGCUAUACAGAGGAUUUUUUCCCCUUGAUUGAGUGAACUUAGAGUAGAUAUAAACAUUUGAUCAGGUUAAUGUAAUUGUUCUCCAAUCUUCAACAAUAGUCUGAGAUAAAGGGAAACGCAAAUCACAAUUGCAGAACAAAAUGAAAUUAACCUUGUUUUAUUUAAUUUAGAGAAAGCUUUGAACCACAAGGUGUAAGAUAUCUUAAUUGUCUCUCUGAAAGAUAAGUGUUUAUUUUUUUAUAUUCAAUAAGUCUUUGGUGCAAUACUUUACAGUGUCUAUGAAGAUGAUGUACCUCAGGUCAAUCCGAACAGUGUCCGUGAAAGGAAGUUACAACAGCAGGUAUGUACUGAACAUUUGAGUGUUUUCUGGUAUUGGAAUUAGGCCUACACCAAUUUGUUGGUAAAAUUGUGAAAACUAAGUUUGUAGGUUUACAGGACAGUUUCAGUGAAUUACAUGUGGUAUAACAUCAGAGUACGGAAUCAGUAGAUCUUAUGCUGAAUUCCUCAUAAGACUUACAAAUUUUUCUUUGCACCACGCUCAUAAUAUGACAAAGAACAUCUUUAUCUAGUUUGUUGAAAGCUUGAUAAUUUUAUCACUUUUCCUAUUAAAUUCUAUUUACACAUUUGAUGCAUUUGACAUUGCUUAUCAUGGCAGUCUGUAGAAUGCGUGUCACAUAUGAACAUACAUGUAGAAAUAGCCUCGCUCACCACAGAGAGUGGCUCAGUGGUAGAGCAACAGAGUGCAGAAUCUGAAGGUCUGAGGUUCAAUUCCUUAUUUGGGACUUGGAAUUUUUUCUUUGUCCCAUGCUUGGUGCAUUAGUCCCAAAUCAUCUUUCUUUGAUUGAAAAUCAUCUCAAAGAACAGAAAUGGCUCUCAUCCUACAAGUGUGCUUAUUUAGUAUAACUUGGCCUUGAAACUGUAUGACUACCUGCCCAAACAAUAUGAAAUGUUGUUGUCUAUGUUACUUCUCAGAGAGAAAUUAUGCGGAAAAAAAAUGAAAUGAAGCGAGCUCAACCUGGUAAGUUUGACCAUGGUAGAUGUAUCUGUAUGCUACUGAAUUGCAUAUAGUUAAUGUUGUGGCAUAACAUACAUGUAUAAUGAAGUUUGAAGUGAGUUUCAGGUCAAAUUGCAUCGAACUUGCAUCAGUUACCUUAAUUUUGUUUCAUCCCAACAUAUUUCCAUAAUUAUUGUUUGUAAGAAAAUUGCUCAUUAGACCAGCAUGAAUGCUUUUAAACCUGAAAACUGUUUUUUUUUACAUUCAGGAGUGUAUACAUGUAUGUAGCAUACUAUAAAAAUUAACACAUGUAUUACAUAGUGCUCACCAGUGGGAAACGUUCUCAGGUCAGCACAGUGCUCUACAGUAUUAUAAUAAUUGUUGAAAUUAUUAUGCAAUGUUUGGAAAAAUAAGAACAACCAAAAAAUUACAGAAUUUUCAAGGUUAGUUUUUGUUUUGAAACUGUUCACAUUGGGAAACUUGUAAGAUGAAACUUGCUGAUUUGUAUUUUCUCAGUUAAAUUUUUCUCUUAAUAAGUGGUCUGAAUUGCCUUCUUGUAAGUUACAUGUACUCUGUAGAUCUUCCCAUUUUUUACUGCUUUAGACUUUUCUUGAUAACCAGAUGUAUGUAGUUAACAACAUUGCAUAAUUUGUGCACAAAUGACAGUAAUUGUGAGCUGAAAGUGUUACUUGUAGAACCAAUCAGAUGAGUGCAACUUGAAAACAUGGUUAAUUUAGAAUAUACAUGUAGGAACCAAUAAUAAUUUUCUAGCGAUAAUUGCCUUCUUGUUUGAGCCUGUUAAGACUUUUAUUUAUUUACUUUGUUAUUUAAUUAUUGUGCUCUUUUCAUUUUUGAAUUUACGUUUUACCUAGUGCAUGCAUUACAUAUGAAGGUGUUCCUUUCCAGAAGACUUGAAUUGUUCAGGGUUUUUCACAGUAAACAUACUGCUAAAACUGGCUCUUUUAUUUCAUUUUCAUAAAGAGCACUCUGGCCAGCUAUCUUGUUCAUUAGUGUACAUUGUAUGUGAGUAUAUUUCAACCUACCCUUUUGCAGAAGCAGCUGCAGAUGUACACACUUACUUACUGUGUAUAUGUAUGGAAGUGAAAUUUGGAAAUGCACUGCAAUGAAUGUGUGUAUAUAACAUGGAACCAAUGCACUGGAUAAAUUGGAGUGCAUGUAUACUGUCUUAUAGUUUAUGCACUAAAAAUAGAUGAAUUUGUCUAGUAGCACAUGAACUGAAUUGCUAUCACAAGACCAAAUUUCUUUUGUAAUUGAACACUUUAAUUAGCUUUGAAAUAUUCAAUUCUAGACAUUUUCUGUUACAAUUAAUUUAACUUGAUGAAAAAUGUAAAAUAAUAUGCAGUGUCAGGUGGUUUGCUAAAUUGAAGUAAGGCACUGUUAUUUUAAAAUUCCUCAAAAGGCACACAAUGUUUACAAUAAAUGGGUGGAAAAGUACAAAGUGGAUGGUAAAUUGUAAUUAUUCUAUUGCGCACUUCUUCAGUUUAUCUAAUAUGAAAAAUUUACAGUGUCAACUGUAGAAGGUACAGUGUGUACACCUAUUUCAAACUGCACAAUUCUUUUACUGUAUAUUUUGUGCUUCAAAUUAGGAAAGUAAUUAGAAUAAGGAUCGUGUGUACUUUGAAAUGAAUUUAACAAUUCACCAUAGAGGAAAUUUCCCUAUAUUUCUUACAAAUAUAUCCCUAACUAAAGGCAUUAAUUACUCAUUAAAAUAAUUUUCCUGCAAAUGAAGUGUAUCUCAUGAUUUAAGAUGUAUACAAGGAUUAUAGUUACUAUCCCUUCAUUUUUGCAAGACUUAGUGUACCUACUAUACCAACAAACAAAAGAUCUGCGUGGAGAUUUUUCUUUCAAAUGGAUUAUUAAAAACACAAGUAAUUGACACAUAAAUGAUACAAAUUGUGUACUGUUUCAGACUAUUGGCUUGGACAAAAUAUGAUUUUUGAAGAUAUACAAAAAAAUCAAUUACAUGUUUACCAGUGAUCCACCUAAAGAUUGAACAAUCUGAUAUUAGGUAAAACAGGUGCACAAGGUGAAGGAACAAAGAGUGAGGAUGUCAGUUUUUUUGACAGAAAAUACAUAAUUUUUAAUUUCUCACUCUUUGUGGAAAAAAAGUAUGGUAAUGUGAGGUGAAACAGAGCAGAACAUUUUGUAUAUGUAUCUAUUGGUGCUUUAGGCGAUGAAAACUCACUUUUAAGAUAAAUGUAAAUAAUUUUAUCAUCAGUAUUAAGAUACAUAAUUAACUUUAACCAGAUCUUACUAUUUACAACUAUGUCGAUUCUUUCAAGGUUGUGGAUUGAUCAUGUCACAGCCAUUUUUUACCAUGCAUUAUUGUGUUGUACUUGUUCUUUAGAAUAAAAAGGUAAAAAUUAAUGAGUUAAAUGUACAUGUAUCUACGUGUUUAGUUUUUGUAGGCAGCAGCUACCUUUGUUUACAUGUAUUUUUUGGAAUGAAAAAGAAUCACUAGACUUAAAAGCAAAUUGAUGGGGAAGAUAAAACUUUUCAGUCAGGUGGUAACAUUAUUCAUUUUUAUUUAUGAUUACACAUUUCCAACAGAUAACUUGUUACUGGAAAUGUUUGUUUGACUGUUAAACAUGGCUUGAUCCCUCUUGAUUUUUGAUUCUUGAUUGUUUGGUGAAUUAAACCUUAGUUUAAAGAGAAAAUGUGAACAAGUAUUUGCUGCAUACAGUACUUGCAUUUAUCACUGUUUCAUAUGCAGUUAUAGUUUCAUUGACAUUUUUAUUUGGUUAAAGGAAUGGUCCAAGCCAAUGAUGUUGCACGUCCAAAGUCCCGCCAUUCUGAAAGAAUGCCCCUUGUUCUGGGUGGAACACAACUACAUGGUGAGACAUUGAUCAGUGGUUUAUAUUUUGGUGGCACACCAGUAUAUGUGGGACUCUGUCUUUUAUCUGCAUAAAAAAACUAUGCAGUUGUAAAUACACUACUCCAGGAGGAUAACCUUGGUGUGAGCAGGAUCAUUAUCAUUAUUAUAAUCCUAGAGAUAAUUUUAAUCAUAAUAAUACAUUUAUUAUGAUUUAACUUAAAAAAAAUCAUUAAGUUUGUUGUACAUAGCAGUUUGAUGUAACUAUACAUAAAAAAUUCAAGAUAAUUUCUCAUAACUUUGCAGUUUGAAGUCCUUGUGAGUGCCACAUUAUAUACAACUGUCCUAAUUAUUUGUUGGUGUAUGUGUUUUAUUAUUAUUAUUAGGUAUAGAUGGUCCAGUAAAUAACUACACUGCUCCACCAGAACCUGUUGUGGGUGGUUUACUUGUUAAUGUUGGAUCAGAGGAAGAAGAAGAACCACUUCCACGUGCGAAAGUGAGUUGCAACACUGCUUUCAGUAUUUUUUAAUUGAUUUAUUUAAAUACAUCUUUUUUGGAUCGUUAUCAUGGUUUAUAACAAAUGUGCCAAAAAAAUACAUUUAAUUAUCUCUUGCCCACAUGUGUUAGGUGUGCUGUGUGCUUUUCUUCUCUGUUACAGUUGGAGGGGUGAAACUUUAGAUGCCCUUAAAAUGCAAAGUUCAUGAAGUUUCACAUUUGUCCAUUUUGCAUAUCAAUAAGACAAGUGUGUGAGAAGCAAGUAGGGUGAAUUGCUGGAAUAUUUUGAUUAAUUAAAAUUUGAGAAUCAGUUACACUAAGAAAAAAUGAAGCCAUCCAAUGUUUGAACAUAGGGAUUCCAGGCUGUAUAGUUGUUUUCUGAAUUUUAUGAUUUUAAAUUUUUCAUGGAAUUCUUCAUGAUUCCCCUUAAUUUUGACAGAGUGGAAUUUGAUCAUAGUAGCACUUUUGGUAUACCUGAAACCAGCAAAUCUUGCUAUUUAAUGGUGGUUAUUUGAUACCUUGAAUUUUAAGCCUCUUAGAGAAGACCCACUACAUGUAGCUUCAGAAAAGUUAACUCAAGACUUAAUCUUCUGUUUUACAUGUAGUUUACUUUUAAAUGAAAGGACAAACUUAAGCAUUUUUAGAAGAGUAUGGUAACCUAAUGACAAUGUACAUUUACCCAAGCACCAUGAAAAAAUUAAUUUUGACUAUUUCCAAAGUGUUUUUUUUAAAUUUGACCAUAGUAGCACUUUUGGUAUACCUGAAACCAGCAAAUCUUGCCAUCUACUGGUUGUUAUUUAACACCUUGAAUUUUAAGCCUGUUAAAGAAGACCUACUACAUGUAACUUCAGAAAAGUAAAUUCAAGACUUAAUCAUUUGUUUUACAUGUAAUUUACUUAUAAAUGAGGUGACAAAGUUUUGCAUUUUUAGAAGAGUAUGGUUACCUUAUUACAAUGCACAUUUACCCAAGCACCAUGAAAAAAUUAAUUUUGACUAUUUCCAAUAUAUAUAUAUUUUUUUAACAGCAAACAACCGAUACAGAACGGAAAUUAGCAGCAAUGGGCAUAUCAUCUAGUGCUGAUUAUGCUGGAAUCAAGGACGAUUUUGAUGAACCAGAGUAUUCCUCUCAAGUGAUAGCACCUGCAAGGGCAAGAACCCCAUCUCCAAGCUUCCAGUCUAAUGCACUUCCACCCUCAUAUGACUCUGUGACAAAACAAAAAAAGGUACAGCUGUAGUAAACUUUUAAUAAAGAUUUCUCUCCCAGUAGGAUUAGUGCAUUUAAUAUGCCAGUGAUGUUCCAAGGGGAUUUCUUAGGAUAUACAUGUUUCCCUUUUGGGUUUGUUUAUUUUUUCUACUAUGUACUAUGCAAUAUAGACUCUUUUGAGACAAAUUUCAGGUUCAUCUGUACUACUUGUGAUAAGCAGGACUUUGUAUUGCGAAAUGAGGCCUGUGUUGAUUUAGUCUUACCACUUAAUGUUUUAGUUAUCUUAGUGAACUCUGUUUAAAAACACUCCUGCCAGAGGGACAUCUUCCUACUUACACUGUUUCAGUGCCCAAAGCAUUUAGUUAAAAGAUACACUUGGAGUCAUGUGAUGAACUGAAGUUUUUGAAACUACUAGUCUUUGUCUUUUUUGUGAAGUUCUGUUUGGCUAGCUAUUUCUUGAAAGCACUUUAAAGUUAUUACAUGUUUAAAAAUAUGUACACACAUGUAAAAAACCUCUAAGUCUGCAAGUUACAUGAUUGUGUACAUUUUGCCUGAAUUCAAAGGUACCACCCAGCAAUGGAGAAUCACCACCAAAUACAACUACAACAACACCUAGCGCAAAUUUUGAAAUGAUUGAUGAUCUUGAUAAGUUUGUGUUUCGGUAAGUUUGAAUAUUAAUAGUAGGAUUGAACUUCUUUGCAUUAUCUUGGUUAAAUUUCAAACUCAACCAAUAAAGACAGAGUAAUUGUUAUUUAUUAAUUUGGAGUUCAUGUGAAGAAUAUGAGGAAAUUCCUCAGCUACAUGUAGGAAGUCAAUCAUGCUAGUGCACAGUAAAACCAUUCAAAGAUCAAUGUUACCAGUAGCAACCCAACAUUUCAUUUUCUGUUCUUUUCAGUCAAUAAGUUAUUUUUGUUCAAUAGACCUGCCCAGCCAGAUGAACCUCCAAUUAAAUGUAGAAUAACAAGAGACAAGAAAGGAAUGGAUAGAGGGAUGUAUCCAACUUAUUUCCUACACAUGGAGAAAGAUGAUGGGAAGAAGGUACUGCAUCUAGUAUUUAAUUGGCUUGAUCAUGACAACAUUGAGUUAAGAAAUAAUUGUUUUACAACUGAAAGCAAACCUGAAACUUACACUUGAUUCCUUGUGUAAUUGAUCUUGUAAAACAUAAUGAAUUUUUCAUACAAAUUUAUGACAGUUACUAAGUUGACUUGUUUUAAACAAAUUUGUUAUUUGAAUUGAAAUCAGAUAUUCCUUCUGGCUGGUCGCAAGAGAAAAAAGAGCACAACCUCUAACUAUCUAAUAAGCACAGAUGCAACUGACUUGUCAAGAGGUGGAGAGAGUUUUAUUGGAAAAUUAAGGUACAUUUUAGUUUUAACUCAAAGUAUAUACUAUUGCUUAGUAUGUGUAUAUUAGGCUGGCCUUCAAUCAAACAUUCUUCUAAUGUGAAUGCCAUCAUUUGUUCUUUUUCAAUUUUCUAUUCUUAUUACAGCUGCAACAAUAUUUACAAAGAAGACAAUACAAUACUAUUACAAUCUAAAAUGCAAUACCUACAGCAUUGCCAGCUUAUUACUUUACUUCACUUUCAACACAGUGACUAUUAAUUACAACUAUACAUAAAUUGACAACAUAACUGAUCCCAUUGUGUUACUAACAUCACUACUAACAACACAACUUGUUGAGUAACAUUACUUAUGAUAUAUCACUAAUUGUGUCAUGUUAUGAUUCACUUGCUUUCAUUACUUUUCAGAAGAGGAAAAUUCAAGAUUCUUAACAUUUAUUUUUGUUUGUUUUUUUUAUUAUUACAGAUCCAAUUUAGUAGGGACAAGAUUUACAGUGUUCAACAGUGGCGUGAAUCCCAAAAAAGGAGGUGUCAUGUCUGAUGGUUCAAAUAUUAGGGAAGAAGUGGCAGCUAUUAUUUAUGUAAGUAGUAGAGCAUAGCCAAAAUGGGCCAGUCACUUAAACAAGGGUUAGCUGUUGUUUUAACAAAACUGCUUUGUAAGCCAUCUUCAAUUUAGCCAAACCUUUCAUCUGAGUAUACAUUGUUGUGAACAGUGUCAAGAGGGCCAAAGCUAAUAAUAGAAGGACAUUUAUUUAAUUUAAAAUCAACCAUCUUAAAGAGAAUCACUGCUUGCCUAAAACUGCAGUUUGGGUUAGACAAUGGAUAACCAGCCCAAUGAGUUCUGAAACCUCUUGGCCAUCCAACCAGUACAUCAACUGUAGUAAAAAAACAUGUUUAAUUUUUUGGUUAUUUUUUCAAUUUAUUACUUACCCAUUUUCGGACAUGAAAAUUGCAUUUAACACUGUCAUAGCAUUUUUCCAUGCAUAAAACCCUUCAUUUCUUUAAUUGAGCAAGGGGUUUGGCAUUAUCUUUUCUAGGAAAAUUGUUAAAUGUCAGGAACACUGUACAAUUGUAGGUUUACAUGCCAUAUAUUCAAUGUGGCAGUGUGAAGAAAUAUGUAAAUGGUAGCAGAGAUCUCUGUAUGCAUGAGGGGUCAGGAUGGAAACCUGAAAAAAUGGAACUAGGUCUGUUACUUGGCCCAUCUAGAUGACAGUCCUAAAGAAGUUCUUUUGUCUUCUGUUACUGUGCUGGUAUCCCUUACAAGACCUUCAUGUUCUCAUGUUAUCGUCAUCUGUCCAUGAAAAUUCCUUUGAAACCACUAUGUGGAUAGUACCUAUUUAAAAAAAAAAAAAAAAAAAAAAAGCUUCAUAAGGUUGCAUAGUGUUCCUGCUCAUUCCUGGCUGCUGUACUUAUCCUGUGAGAGAGUCAAGCUAAUCAAUACAAGGCACAUGUAGUUUUACUAAAAACAUUUCUUUUAUCUUGUAGGAUACAAAUGUUCUCGGCUUUAAAGGUCCUCGCAAAAUGACAGUUAUUCUUCCAAAAAUGGGGAUUGAUCAUGAGAGAAUACCAGUACGACCCAUUUCGGUAUGACUUAUAUUUUGUUCUGUAAAUCUGCUGUUGCUAAUUAUGUUUUCUUACUUUCUUUGAAGUAUUGUAAAAUACAUAAUUAGCAGAUAAUUGUUUUUUGCGAUUCAUUUAUAUUUAUCAUUCCAUUUAAAUAAAUGUAAUAUUCUUGCAUUUCCAAGUAAGGUAAACACUGAUUUUGAAGUACAGCUCUAUUAAAAUGAUUGGGAAACAUUUGUAUGUCUGAUUCACAAUAUUCAUCACCAUUAGCAGAAUGGAGACAGUUAUGUACAGUUAUGUAUCAAAUUGUUUAUCAGUUUAACGUGUUUGAAGUAACUUCUAAUGGUAUAUACUCUUGGUCAGGACAAUGAUGGUUUAUUGGAAAGAUACAAGAACAGGAAAACCGAGAAUCUGUUGGAGCUACAUAACAAAACCCCUGUUUGGAAUGAUGGUAAACACGAUCUUUUUCACUACAUUGUUUACAGUACAGUAAGAAAGCUUAAGGGUUUGGAAAUAGCAUGAAUGUACUUAGUGUCUUUUGAUCUAUGGAAAUCAUUAAUGUUUUGAAACUUUUUGUGAGGAAUGAACUGUGGGCAAUUUCAGUAUGAAAACCUUUCACAAACAUUAUGAGUGACCACAUGUAAUGUUUUUUUAAUAUUAAAAACAAAAUCACUAAACCACCUUUUUCAAUUGAAAAAACAUUAUGAGUGACUAUGUGUAAUUUUUAUUUUUAAUAUUGAAAACAAAAUCACUAAACCAACAUUUGUCUUUACACUUCCUUGGUGCACAAAUUACUCAAAAAAACCUUUCAGUAGGUUGGAAAAUGCUUGAAGUAAUUGCAUGUGACAGACAAACCAUAUUUUAGGUUUUUGAAAUAUUUUAUAAUUUAUCAUGAUUGAUUAUUGAUCUUUAAAAACUUUAAUUUUGAGGAAGUGCUAUUUUAAAAUUUUAUUCUGCACUCUAUAGCCUAACUGUCUGUUCUUCACUGAUCAAUCUGGAACAAGAUGUUCAGUAUAAACAUCUAACUAGUUGCUAAGGUGAUAUUGCAUUAAGUCUUAAACCUGGAGACCUGGACUAGGUUGUACAAAGCUGGGUUGAGUAAACUCAGGGCUAGUGUGAAAUCUGACCUCAGAUCUGAAAGCAUUUAAAGAAAAUUCAGUUAAAUUCUUUUUGGUCUACAAUUUGAUGUUUGGAAGCUCUAAAAAGAAUACUGGAAAUGAUCUAAAAAAAGGCUUUUGAAGAGAAAUGGUGGUGAGUAUGUUUUUCUUUGGUUCCAGAUACACAAUCUUAUGUCCUUAAUUUUCAUGGAAGAGUGACUCAAGCAUCUGUUAAGAACUUUCAAAUUGUAAUGGAUGCUAAUGGUAAGCCAAUUUUCAUGUAAUUAUCUUUAAUUAAUUCUUACAUUUCUAGGUAUUAAAUUCAAGAUUGUUCAAUUUUCAUAUUUGACUUUUCUUGAGUUAUCUUUUGCUUUUUUGACACUUUUUAUGUACAUUGCUGUGUUAAAUUAAGCCCAAAAGUAAUUUAUUGUAGCCAUCUUACUCUGCUUACCUAUCGAAAUCUUGCCCUGAUCUACAGUCUAAUACUGUUGCACAUUUUGGGCUUUCUUCUGCUAUAAUGUUACACAGUUAUGAUUGUAAAAGGAUAAUACAAGAAUGAUAAAUUGAUCAAUUUGUGUAUCAUAAACUUGCAAUGACAUCCGUUUAUAGCUUUUACCCCUCAGUGUACUUGGAGUUGAUGUCAAUUCUUUUUUUGCUGUUCCAGUUGAUUACAUAAUUAUGCAGUUUGGCCGGGUAGCAGAAGAUGUGUUUACUAUGGACUACAGUUACCCAAUGUGUGCUCUACAAGCAUUUGCAGUGGCCCUAAGCAGUUUUGAUGGCAAGCUGGCUUGUGAAUAGUUUCAAACAAAAAUGACUCAGGGUUAAUUGGCAAUUAUAGGGAAUUCAUAAAGCUAAUUAAUUAAUGUUAUAAUUUGUAAGUGAGAAAGAAAGGAGGGCAUUGUAGGUUCAUGUUAUUCUUUUAGAUUUUUAGUUGGAAAAACUGAAAUGUGCAUGUCUUGUAAAUUUACCCCCUAACAAUUGACCAAUUGAAAGUUAUAUCUGCUGUGAGGCUUGUUUGUUUUUCAAGCGGGCCAUUGUUUAUAAUUAGGUAUCGAGCACCUGUUACUAAAAAUCCUAUGUUGGUGCAUUCUUACUUUUAAAAGAACCUCUUAGCUUCUUAGCUUUAGCUGUAGUUUUUUUUUUAAUUUUUAUUUGAGCAGAGGUACAGGUCUGUAAUUAUGUACAGACAACAAAGGAAACAAACCUUACCCUGUUUCCUUAAAGUUACAUGUCUGAAAUGAGAAAUUUUUUUUUUAGAUCAGUUGAAAGGAAGUUGCAUUGGGAUUGUUAAAUUUCAAAAUUUACACUGAGGCUGACCAUUAUUGCAUUUUAUUGAAUUGACUUUGUUCUGUAAAUCAGAAAGUCAUCAUGUUGUAAAGGAAUUGUAGUUGCAAGCAACUUGAAUUUAUUUAUUAACAAAUAUUAUAUGUACCUUGUACACUUCAUAAAUUUUAUGUAGUCAAGAUAUGUGUAACUUUCAGUGUAACAUUAAACAAUUGCAUGAUUCUUAAUUCUUAAUUAGUAUAUAAACAUUUUGGUUAAUUGAGCAGGAAGAGAGUAGACUUAAUUAAAUUUUUUACUGUUAAAACAGGCCAGACAUUUCCCAGAGAUAAGAAAUGACAUUUUCAUCAAAAUUGAAAAUAUGCCUUUAAGUUUCCUCUUUGUGUAAUGUUAGUAUUACUUUCAUGUAGAAUGUGGGUGAUGUUGAUCAUCAAUUUUCUGGCUUAUAUCUCACUCAUUAUGUACGUAACAAACCUAUUCUACCAUCUACAGAAUUAAUUCUCAUGACAAGAAAUGUGUAGAGGAACUGGAAAUUCUAGCAUUUAAUGUUAACUUUUUAUUCUUAAUAUAAAUGAUUGACCUUUUGACAUCAAGUUUGUAUUUGACGAAUAAAGAAUGAAUAUCACAACUUAUGAAAAUUCAAAGAGCUGUGUCUCUGGAAAGUGUUUGCUUUAUCACUGA